AUGGCUCUCCUCGAUGGUAGUCCACAGCCUGUGGGAGGGCCGUCCCUUUUCGGCGUGCCUAUGAAGCAAGUUUCUCUAAUAACGUUGACGUUUCAAAACUCAGCCCUGAUUCUCCUAAUGCACUACUCCCGAAUGAUGCCUCCGAGCGGCGACCAUCGGUAUUUUACCUCGACAGCCGUCUUUUUGACCGAGGUGAUGAAGCUUGCCAUUUCCCUGACGUUUGCGAUGUACGAAGUCGCUAGGAAUUUAGCACCAUCAACGCCUGCGACCGUUAUCUUUGAGCAGAUCUACUGCUCCGUUUUCUCGGGCGACAGUUGGAAGCUGGCUAUACCGGCGACGCUUUACACGUUUCAGAAUAUGCUCCAGUAUGUCGCAGUAGGGAACUUGGACCCGGUACAUUUCCAAAUUCUGUACCAACUCAAGAUCCUUACCACGGCCAUCUUCACCGUGGUAAUGCUCGGUCGGUCGUUAACCUUGAGGCGCUGGGUUUCGCUUGUAAUCCUGACUAUUGGUGUCUCGGUCGUAUCCAUCCCGUCGUCGAACUCGAGAGAUAGUUCCUUCAUGAUCCACGACAUGACCGACCAUUUCUUUCCCCGGUCCGUGCACGAGUUGGGUCAAAUAGCGAAUGGGAUGGGCGAUGUGGCUCGGGAGCUCACCAAACGUGGCAUGGAUGUCGUGGUUGAAGUCGGCGAGGCUCUCGCGAAGCGUUCGGCGACAUACGAAGGGAUUGAAGAGGAUCAGAUUACCGCGCCUAUCAUGAACUACUCGAUUGGUUUAGCAUCUGUAGUCGCCGUGGCGGUGAUUUCUGGAUUGACUGGCGUGUACCUGGAGAAGGUUCUUAAGGACACGGAAAACCCUGCAUCCGUCUGGACUCGAAACAUCCAACUAUCGUUCUAUUCAUUAUUUCCAGCGCUACUGGGAAUUGUGUUCAAGGACGGAGAGGAAAUUGCCAAGCAUGGCGUCUUCGACGGUUAUAACUGGAUCGUCUGGGCGUUGAUAGUUUUACAGGCGCUUGGUGGGGUACUGGCCUCCCUAUGCAUUAAUUAUGCGGAUAACAUUGCCAAGAACUUCGCGACAAGUAUUAGCAUUGUAAUAGGCUUUCUCUUUAGUGUAUGGUUCUUCAAGGUGCAGGUUACUCUAGCAUUCUUGAUCGGAACAGUCUUGGUUCUAUCCUCAACAUUCCUCUAUACUGGUCCUGAUCGGAAACGCGGCAGACCGCCACCGAUCAACAUUGUUAAUUACGAGAAGACAACGAUUGACCCCAUGAACACGCCGAGAUAUACAGGCGACAGGCUCAGCGUUCCUGAUCCCCUCGAAAAUGUUAAGGGCAUGGGUCUCUCGACAUCGCGUCCUGCUUCGCCAUUAAGGCACCAUAAUAGGGUGCCUUCAUCGCGAGGUAAGAAUCGCGAUGAAUGA